GAAGGGAGCGAAGUUCCUCGAGAGGAAGUGAGAACGCGAGAGACACCGUUGCCGCGAGCCCGGAGGUAGUUGAGCGCGCGCGCGUGUCAGAGCGAGCCGGUAGCAGCGCUGAGUCCGACCCUCCCUCAGAGUGAGAGAGCGCGAGCGAGAGAGAGAGAAGCGGGAAAGAUGCCGCGGGUCGUCCCCGAUCAGAGAAGCAAGUUCGAGAACGAGGAGUUCUUCCGUAAACUCAGUCGAGAAUGUGAGAUUAAAUACACAGGUUUCCGCGACCGGCCGCACGAUGAGAGGCAGAUGCGGUUCCAGAACGCCUGCAGGGACGGCAGGUCCGAGAUUGCUUUUGUGGCCUCUGGAACCAAUCUAUCUCUGCAGUUUUUUCCGGCAAAUUGGCAUGGAGAACAGCGGCAAACUCCCACACGAGAGUAUGUGGACUUCGAGCGUGAUGUAGGCAAGGUUUGCCUGAAGGCUCCAAUGAUUCUAAAUGGAGUUUGUGUGAUCUGGAAAGGCUGGAUUGACCUCCAGCGACUUGAUGGUAUGGGAUGUCUAGAGUUUGAUGAAGACCGUGCACAGCAGGAGGAUGCACUGGCACAACAGGCAUUUGAGGAUGCCCGAAGGAGAGCCAGAGAUUUUGAGGAGAGGGAGAGAUCUCAUCGGGAGGACAUGGAGGUGAGAGGUACACCAACGGGUCACUGGUUUGGAAGAGGCUGUCAAUGGAGCCUUGCAACGCAGGCAGGACCCCAGUCCCGGCUCCAAUCUGGGGAGCGGAGAUGAGCUGAAACUACGUUAAACGUGCUCGGAGCAGCUUUGCCAUGGGUCACUCUGUGGGGAUCAAGCAGCUUUUCAGUGAGACCCAAUUCUUUAAGGAAGUGAAGAUGCUUUGGCCCGGAUCAAGAACUUUGUCCUGUUUCCCACAGCCCAGGCCUUUGGAUGCUCCAGUUGGCACAAACUGCCAGGGAUUGCACUAUGUCCAUGUUACAGUACCUGCAUUUCCUAUUGUAUGCAUGUAGCUGGUAGCAAUCUGUGUGACUGUUUUCUAUGCAAGCUGUAUUUUUUAUUCUGUUUUUGGUGAUGUUUUUACUUGUCCCUUUUUAUGUAUUGUUUAAUUUGUUUCCAUUCCUCACCUUUGGUGGUUUAACCAAAAAUGCAGCAAAGAAGUAUCUCAAAAUUAGGUCACAAAAUGUUGCAGUUAAAUUAACUUUUUUUUUAAAUCGUGGCAGGAAACCCAGAGAUUCUAUUUUCUGCUUUUUAUAAUAAAUUCUGGGCUGAUGGAGGUUAAGGGCCUUAAUUCUGUUCGCUUCUGCUUUUUUUUUGAGCACUGAGGAAAUGCAUUGUUUGCUUACUAGCAAUUUUUAGUUCUGAUUUUUGUAUCCUGUAAAGAGAUAGCCACAUAAGGAAGCUUAUUACCAGAGUAAAAUUUUAAAAAUUAAAAUAAAAGCAAAUUAAGAACAAAAUAGUCCGCACAAGGUUGUGGAACAAAAGACUGCCCAACAUGAAUAUUCAUUUUGACUUAUUCUUUUCAUUUACCAAAUUAAACUUGAUAUGAAACAGUAAUGCCCAUGUAAAAUUGAUUUCAACCCCUUUAUUGCAAAAAAAGCUGACAUGCAGUUUUCUUUAAAUCCAACAUAAUUGUUGUUUUUGGCUACAUUGGGAACACUCGAGUUCUGUUACUAACUAAAAUAUAUAACCCUGAAUAUAGGGUGCAGUUUGGGCUGACAGAAUGUGCAGUGCUUACAGUUUAAAUUAUAUGUGCUGGACACAUGAAAAGUGACCAAAUGAAUUCUGACAGACUCUGACGAAUGCACAGUAUGUUCGGAAUGGAUGUUAGUGGCCUUGGUGGCUAUUUCUUGCUCUGCAAUGCAUAAAAAAUCUUAAUGCUGGCAUUAAGAUUGGGGAUGUCUGCUUUCUGCUAUUUAGUGCAAAUAAUUCAAAACUUUUAAGUUACUGGUUUUAAGUUAUUGAUGCGAUUUAAUACGGUUUUUCCGAUCACUAUUUAAUUAGAAGAAAUUGCAUCGUUUUUUACGUAGUACAUCUCCCUCAGGAGUUGCUUUGAUUUAUCAGAAUAGCUUUUGCUACCUUUUGAAUCUAAAGCAUUUUCUUUUAAAUUACUUUCAUAAUAAACUUCUGUAAAGUCAAA